AUGAUGGCGUAGUUCUGCGGUCCUCCAUUUCUAACGGAAUUUUGCACUCGGACAAUACCAGAGGAUAUAGAGAGAGAAAAAAAAAAUAAAAAAAAAGAGUAAUAGAGAGAGGAGAGAGAGAGAAAUAUAGAUAUAUAGAGAGAGAAAGGGGGAGAGAGUGGCCGUUCUUACGGCCACCAUCUCCGUCACAUCUGGUUGGAGGCCAACAACAUCCCAAUUCCCAGAAAACCCCAUUUCUUUCACAACCUAUAUUCACAUAUUUUCUCUCUCUCUUUUUUUCUUUCUUUUUUUUUUUUUUUUUCCUCCUCAAUUUUCAUCAGAAAUUAAAAAAUAAAAAUAAAGACAUCAUCAUUGUUGAGUCUCACCAGCUUCAAUUCUCUCUCCCUAGCUUUCUCUCUCUAAAUCGGUGUCUUCAUGUUGGCUGGAGGAAAAGGUAACUUGAUUCCUUCUUUUCGAUUCCCUUUUCAUUUGUUGAUUUAUUCUUAAAUUCAGAUUUUUCGAUCCGAACAGAAUUAUAUAUGUAUAUAUAGAUAUAUGCUUUUAUAUACACACAUCUAGAAGGGUUCAAUUUGGAGGACCGCAAAAUUGGGGCAAAGAUGCAGAAUAUAUUUAGUACCCGUAGUUUGAAGAUAAUGGAGGGAUGUAAGGGCACACAAGUUUAUGCUCUUAAUCCUUCCGGCGGCGCCCCCGGCGGCGGUGGCAAUGCCGAUGGCGGUGGUGUUGGUGAAAAGUUCCUUCACCACCUCCAGGACCAUAUAAGGGUCAAUUCAAUUAGGUCAAAAUCGAUUCGAACUUUUCAAGCUAGUAGCUUCCAUACCAACAAUCAGAGUGUUGUGGCUGAAGCCCUUUUGGCCGAAGCUCUUGCGACCUAUGGCCUCCCCCAAACUGAUCUCCUCGAGCCCCAAAUUGAACCUUGCCUUAAACCCGUUAAUUUCAUAGAAACCAUUGCUGAAAUUUAUCGUAGAUUUGGAGAUUGUUCCCAAUUUGAGAAGUCAGGGAUUUAUCUUGAGCAAUGUGCUAUGUUCCGUGGGUUAUCUGAUCCAAAACCCUUCCGACGAAGCCUCCGGUUGGCGAGGCAGCAUGCUGUUGAUGUUCACUCUAAGAUUAUCCUUUCAGCAUGGUUACGAUAUGAGAGGAGAGAAGAUGAGCUAGUUGGGGUAUCAGCAAUGGACUGUUAUGGACGAAAUAUUGAAUGCCCAAAGGCUUCUCUGGUAUCUGGGUAUAAUCCGGAAUCUGUCUAUGAUCCCUGUAUGUGCUCUCGAAACCCUAUAGAGGAUGGUGAUUCUGAAUUUUAUGUGAGAAAUGAGGAAUGUUCGACUUCGGAAGAAGAUUGUGAUAUGUCAUUUUUUAUUGGUGAGGAUGAGGUGAGGUUUAACAGGUACAGUAUUGCCUCGCUUUCUAGACCGUUUAAAACAUUGUUGUAUGGUAGUUUUGUGGAGUCGCGGAGAGAGAAGAUUAAUUUUUCGCAAAAUGGGAUAUCUGCAAAGGCAAUGAGAGCUGCUGAGAUAUUUAGCAGGAUAAAAGCUGUAGAUUCUUUUGACCAUGAUGUUGUUUUGGAGCUUCUCUCAAUGGCGAGCAAGUUCUGUUGUGACGAGAUGAAGUCUGCUUGCGAUUUGUAUCUAGCAUCUUUGGUUUGUGACUUGGAGAGAGCUAUGAUACUUAUUGAAUACGGAUUGGAGGAAACCGCAUAUUUUCUAGUGGCUGCUUGCUUGCAGGUACUUUUGAGAGAAUUCCCGAGCUCAUUGCAUAAUCCAAAUGUGAUGAAAUACUUUUGUAGUUCGGAUGCUAGGGAAAGAUUGGCUUUGGUAGGGCAUAGUUCCUUUCUAUUGUACAAUUUCUUGAGCCUGAUUGCUAUGGAGGAUGACAUGAAAUCAAACACGACAGUAAUGCUGUUGGAGAGGCUGCGAGAGUGUGCAUCUGAAGGUUGGCAGAAACAGCUCGCAUAUCACCAGUUGGGUUGUGUGAUGCUUGAGAGGAAUGAGUAUAAGGAUGCACAGAAGUGUUUUGAGGCAGCGGUUGAGGCGGGUCACAUCUACUCAUUUGUAGGUGUUGCAAGGACCAGGUACAAGCGCGGUCACAAGUAUUUGGCAUACAAGAUGAUGAACUCUCUCAUUUCUGAUUAUACACAAGCUGGAUGGAUGUAUCAGGAAAGAUCUCUAUACAGUAAUGGGAAAGAGAAGACGAUGGAUUUGGAUACAGCUACUGAAUUGGACCCUUCUCUUUCAUAUCCAUACAAGUACAGGGCUGUUUCUAUGUUUGAGGAGACCAAGAUUAGAGCAGCCAUCUCAGAGAUCAGCAGAAUAAUUGGUUUCAAGGUGACUCCUGACUGCCUUGAACUGCGUGCUUGGUUUUCAAUUUCCCUGGAGGAUUAUGAAGGAGCUCUAAAAGAUAUCAGGGCACUUUUGUCUUUCGACCCCAAUUACAUGAUGUUCAAUGGGAUGUUGCGCGGGGACAACCUGGUAGAACUACUUCGCCAUAAUGUUCCGCAAUGGAGUCAGGCUGAUUGCUGGAUGCAGCUCUAUGACCGAUGGUCCUCUGUUGAUGAUAUUGGCUCUCUAGCUGUUAUUCAACAUAUGUUGGCAAAUGACCCCGGGAAGAGCCUCCUCUGGUUCCGACAAUCUCUUCUACUCUUACGGUUGAACAGUCAGAAGGCUGCAAUGCGUUGUCUGCGGUUAGCUCGAAAUAAUACCACCUCUGAGCAUGAAAGGCUUGUCUAUGAAGGAUGGAUUUUAUAUGACACAGGCCAUCGUGAAGAAGCAUUAGCUAAAGCUGAAGACUCCAUCUCAAUCCAGCGAUCAUUUGAAGCAUUUUUCCUAAAAGCAUAUGCUUUAGCCGAUUCAAAUCAUGAUCCUGACUCUGCAUUAUAUGUUGUCCAACUUCUGGAGGAAGCUCUUAGAUGCCCCUCAGAUGGCCUUAGAAAAGGACAAGCAUUAAACAAUCUUGGAAGUGUCUAUGUAGACUGUGAUAAGCUGGAUCUUGCUGCUGACUGCUACACGAAUGCACUCAACAUUAAACAUACACGAGCACAUCAAGGUUUGGCACGCGUAUAUUAUCUUAAAAAUCAGCGCAAAGCUGCGUAUGAUGAGAUGACAAAGCUGGUAGAUAAGGCCCGGAAAUGUGCAUCAGCUUAUGAGAAACGCUCAGAAUACUGUGACCGUGACACGGCAAAGAGUGAUCUUAGUAUGGCAACAAAACUAGAUCCUCUGAGAUCAUACCCAUACAGAUACAGGGCGGCGGUUCUAAUGGAUGACCACAAGGAAGAUGAAGCCAUAAAGGAGCUUACAAAAGCCAUAGCUUUCAAGCCUGACCUACAGCUGCUCCAUCUUCGAGCAGCAUUCCAUGACUCGAUGGGUAAUUACGCUUCCACUGUCCAAGAUUGUGAGGCAGCCCUUUCUCUUGAUCCCAACCACACAGAUACGCUAGAGCUUUAUCAUAAAGCACAAGAACGUGCUAAUGAGCAACAACACAAGUAAGGGGGUCAGUUGUGGGGCAUAUUUUGUGUUUGUCUUUCAUAAUCUUUAAAUGGACAAUCCAAUCAUCCCUACUCCAUGUUUUUUGGUCCGGACAAAGUCAGUACUAGUCGGCGCGAUUGUUUUUAGGUUUUCGUCUCUAGAAAGAUUGGGUGCAGAUUGUCCUUGGCCUAUGAGGAAGAUGAAAUUGAGGAAAUUUAUUACAAACAAAAAGGAAAAUGCAGAUCAAGAUGGCCUGUACUUGUAUAUAUAUAUCAUUGGACGACAGCUGCGCAGAGGGACAUGAGCUAUAAAAGUUAAACAAUCAACUGAAGCAUAGAUAUGAGAAGUGGCGGGUUGUGAUGUUCUGUCCAGUAUGUGGUGUGCAAUGUAUUGUAACAUUUUCCAUGUUACCUUUGUAUUGUUAAGCUGCACAAUUUCCCUCAUGGAAGAGAAAAGGGUACCUGAAAAGUGGAAAAAAUGAAAAAGACCAAAAAAAUAAAAGACAAAAAGUUGUCAUUUUUCUUUCUUUUUCAA